CCGCCGGGACGGGGCUGCGGAGCCGCUGCUGCCGCGACCCUCCGCCCGCGCCGGGCUCAAGAUGCAGUAAAGUGGGGACAACCCCUCAGAUGUAAAACUACAAACUGACCAUGCAUUGAUGAAGAAGCAGCUGCAUGUACUGGUGUGUGUUUGCAGAGCUGAACCAGCAUUUUCCUUCACGUGCUACAGGCAGAACAGUUUUGCCUCAGACUUCCACUUUCACAUCCCUACGUCUGAUUUGAAGCGACAGUGAGAGGAAGCACCAGGUAUCUCUUGUUCUGUUUGGACUCCUUGUUUACAGAAGAGUGAUGGAGAUGCUAUUAAGCACAAAAGGCAUCACCAUAUGCCUGUUUUUCUUUGUAUUGAGUUUGGCAGCAGCUAUUGAAAUACCAUUAUCAGUCUCACAGCUUCCAACAAUCACAGAGCAAUCCCACACCCAGGUUGCCUACCCCUUUGAUGAGGACUUUACAAUUAAAUGUGAAGCCAGAGGAAACCCACAUCCCACCUUUAACUGGACUAAGGAUGGAAAACCAUUUGAUUUGUUGUCUGACCCGAGGAUAGUUACAUCCAACAACUCUGGAACUUUUGUGAUUCAAAACCGAGGAAUCAUCAACAAUUUUCAAGGGAAAUAUCGUUGCUUUGCUUCCAACGUGCUGGGAACUGCCAUGUCAGAAGAAAUUGAGCUUAUUGUUCCAAGUGUACCAAAGUUCCCCAAAGAAAAAAUCGAGCCUCUGGAUGUGGAGCAUGGAGAUUCUGUGAUUUUGCACUGUAACCCCCCAAAAGGCAUCCCACCUUUGCAUAUCUAUUGGAUGAAUAUUGAUUUGCAGCACAUUCCACAAGAUGAAAGGGUCUCCAUGAGCCUUAAGGGAGAUCUGUACUUCGCCAACGUGGAGGAGAAUGACAGUAGGAGUGAUUAUUGUUGCUUUGCAGCAUUUCCAAGGCUCAGGACAAUUGUGCAGAAAAUGCCAAUGACGCUGAAGGUUUCCCGUUUAAAGCAUGCUAAUGACUCAGGCUCACCUAACGCUGCUGUUACUAAGGCAAAUUUUAUCAAGGAAAGAAAACCCAAACUGCUGAUCCCUCCUGAAUCUGCUGGCAGUAGCUCAUCAGUCACUGUCAUCAAGGGAGGUGUCCUGCUCCUCGAAUGUAUUGCUGAAGGGCUCCCAACUCCUCAUCUAAGCUGGGUCAAAGUCACUGGAAACAUGCCCAAGGACGAACCAGAAACAGAGAAUUUUGGGAAGAUCCUGAAGAUAGAUCAAGUGUCAGCAGCUGAUGAAGGGACGUACCAGUGCACGGCGAGCAACCCCAUGGGGAGGGCGAAGCACGAGUUCCACGUCCACGUGGAAGAGCCUCCCCAGUGGCUGAAGAAGCCCGAAGGUGGUGUCUACAGCGUGGGAACGAACCUCGUGCUGCUGUGUGAGGCGAUUGGCAACCCGGAGCCGAGCAUCCAGUGGAAACUCAACGGGAUGCCCAUCGACAGCAGGACCUUCAGAGGGAGGAUCUCCACCCGGGAGAUCAGCCUGACCAACCUGCAGCUGCAGGACAGUGCUGUGUUCCAGUGUGAAGCCACCAACAAGCACGGCACCAUCCUGGCCAGUGCCAACGUGAAUGUCCUCAAUAUUGCUCCCUUAAUCCUGACCUCAGAUGGGGAAAACUAUGCUACAGUGGUGGGUUACAGUGCCUUCCUGCACUGUGACAUUUUUGCCUCACCUGCAGCAGAUGUCAGAUGGACCAAGGAUGACAGCAUAGAGCCCCUCUCAACGUUCCGCUAUGAGUUAAAUAAGAAUGGAACCCUGGAGAUCAAAGACACAAAGAAGGAAGACUCAGGAUCUUAUGCUUGCUGGGCUGCAAAUUCUGUUGGGAAAAGAGCAAUCACUGCUAAUUUGGAUAUAAGAGAUGCUACAAAACUUGUUGUUACUCCCAAGAACGCCCGAGUGCUGAAAUCACAUUCAAUUUUAUUGAAAUGUCAGGCUGAGUAUGAUUCCCACUUGAAACACAGUUUUAAAUUAUCCUGGAGGAAAGAUGGAGAUGAGCUGCCAGUCAACAGCACGGAAGGUGGCAGGAUGAUUCUGGACAGGGACACACUGUUCAUCUCCAGUGUGCUGCUGGAGGAUCAAGGAGUUUACACGUGUGUGGGCAGCACUUCCCUGGACUCUGCCACGGCCGAGUCACGGCUGAUUGUUCUUGAUGUUCCUGAUCCACCAGAAGACCUUCAGCUCUCUGAAAACCAGAACCGAAGUGUUCGACUGUCCUGGAGAGCUGGGUCCAGCCACAACAGCCCUGUCAAUGAGUCCAUCAUAGAGUUUGAAGAGAACCGCUGGGAGCCAGGGAGGUGGCAGGAGCUCACCAGAAUCCCCGGGGAUGACACCACAGCCCUGUUGUCCCUGGCCCCGUACGUGAAUUACCAGUUCCGCGUCGUGUCCGUGAACGCCGUGGGGAGGAGCCAGCCCAGCAAACCAUCCCUGCGCUACUCAACACCCCCAGCUGCUCCAGACAAGAACCCAGAAAACAUCCGAGUCGAGGCUUCUGAACCCAAUGAAAUGGUGAUGAAAUGGGAGCCAUUGAAACCUGUGGAGAGGAACGGGCCGGGGCUGGAGUACAAAGUGAGCUGGAGGCAGCGGGGGGUCAGGACGGACUGGAAUGAGGAGAUGGUGAAGAAACAUUCCCUGACUGUGAGAAACACUCCCACCUUCGUGCCUUAUGAGAUCAAAGUCCAGGCAGUCAAUAAUUUAGGAUCCGGCCCCGAACCAAACGUUACCAUCGGAUAUUCGGGAGAGGACUUCCCAGAUGCUGCUCCUUCGGGCGUGUCGGUGGAUGUUGUGAACAGCACACUGGUCAAAGUCUUCUGGUUUGGAAUACCAAGGGACAGAGUUCGAGGACAUUUAAGAGGCUAUAAGGUCAGUUGGUGGAAAACAAAAAACAUGCUGGAUGGGAAGAGGCACCACCCAGAGAAACACUUCCUAACAUUUGUAGGAGACAGGAACUAUGGGAUGAUUCCUGGCCUGGAUCCCUUCAGUGAAUUCUGCUUAACUGUCCUGGCUUACAACUCCCGAGGGGAUGGCCCCGAGAGCUCCCCCGUGGUGUUUGAAACUCCAGAAGGAGUCCCUGAACAGCCACGUUUUCUGAGGAUCCUGAACUUUGACAAGGACUCUGUCACUCUGUCGUGGGGACUUCCCAGGAAAGCCAAUGGCCACCUUACUGGCUACAUUUUGCAAUACCAGAUAAUCAACGAGACACACGAGGUGGGGCCCAUGAGCGACGUCAGCGUCACCAACCGCUCCACGCUCAGCUGGAGGCUCUCGGGGCUCAGCCCCAGCACCAAGUACAAGUUCUACGUGAAGGCCUGCACUGCCAAGGGCUGCGGGAAGCCCGUCACGGAGGAGGGACUCACCGUGGCUCAAGGGAGUAAAGGGACCGGCAGGAUUUCUGAUGCAGUCAAACCCACCCAAAAGUUUCACCCCAUUGAGGCACUUGAGCCUGGCACUGAGUACACAGUUCGACUAGUGACUAAGAACUGGGUUGAUAACAAUAGCAUUUUUGAAGAUGUAAUUGAGACAAGGGGGAGAGUUCCCCAAGCCUAUGCUGGAAUUUAUGAUGGGAUUUCCACCCAGGGGUGGUUCAUUGGACUGAUGUGUGCCAUAGCUCUGCUCACCCUGCUGCUGCUCACCAUUUGCUUUGUCAGGAGAAACAAAGGAGGAAAAUAUUCAGUGAAAGAAAAAGAAGAUUUGCAUCCAGAUCCCGAAGCUCAAUCAAUAAAAGAUGAAAUCUUUGGGGAAUAUAGUGACAGCGAUGAAAAGCCGCUGAAAGGCAGCCUCCAGUCGCUUAAUGGGGACAUUAAAGCCACUGAAAGUGCUGAUAGUCUGGUAGAUUAUGGAGAAGGGGAGCAUGGGAUGUUCAAUGAAGAUGGUUCAUUUAUUGGAGCUUAUUCUGGAUCUAAGGAAAAAGGAUCAGUGGAAAGCACUGGGAGUUCUACGGCAACUUUUCCUCUCCACGCCUGAAAUAUUGGCAGGGAUGGUUGGUGUUUAAUUGUGAUAUUUAUCUCGAUCAGCACUCCACAGGUUGCCAGUUGAGCUGGUCAGGACCAACCUGACACCCAGGUAAUAUAAAAAAUGAGUCACUGCCACUAAAAGAUGAUUUUCUAUCUUAAUUUCUACGUGUUUUCUUCUAAGUAAAACAAAAACGAAGAAUUAUUUGCUCUACAAAAUGUGUUAGUCUGACCAACCCAGAAAUUCUCGGUGUUAUAUCUGUAUCCUUAAAUGCUACUCCAUGUGUUUCCUAGGUUUGGAAUAUGUUUCUCUGUACAGAUAAUUUUUUCCUGUAUGGCUGUUGUCACUUUGUACAUACAUUUACGUGUAGAAUUCCCACAUGUGUCAUGGCCUCAGUUAUAACCCAGGAGUUAUAAACCAAGAAAAUCAAAUCAAAAUAGCAGGUUACUCUGCAAAGUGGCACAAUGACCCUACUGAGAAAAAUGCUAAUUUAAAAUACCGGAGAAAUAUAUUCUAUAUAUUGUAUAAUUUUUCCUAAGGUGUUAAACUCCUUCGUGUAUGAUACUCUAAAAAUUAUUUUAGUGGUUACAGCUGACUUCAAUUACCAAUACUUAGAGAUGCAGCUUUAUCCACAGCAAAAUGUGGAUGGAGCUGCUGCCCAGUAGCUGGCACUAUUUCCUUAAAUAAGUUAAGCUGCAGCAUCUUUCCUGUGGCAAGGCAAAACAGGGUUCCCAUCCCAUCACUCAAAAGUGUUUUAAUUUGUUUUCCCCAGUCUCUGCAAGCUGCAUUUCUAAGCAAAAUCCUUGUUGUCUGUCUCAUAUCUGUAUAUUUGUGAGCUAGCAAACAUUUCCUGGAGACGUUGUACAUAUGAUAUUAAUAUUGACAAAAGUAAAGAUCAGCCUGGUUUUAUUUUAAACGAGACAUGUUGCUAGCAUGGGUCUGUAUAGCUGUGUAGGAAUGAAUAGAAUUGCUUCUCAAUAUGAGUUUGGACCAGCAAAACUAGUUUUCAGAAGGAGUUUUUGUGUAUUCCAGUCAUCCCACUCUCACACUUUUCCAAUAUCACCUAAACUAGAGCUACCUGACUUUUGAGAGAUCAUUUAUUUUCAAGCUAUUCACUGUUAAAUGAACAGAAGCAAAAGCAAAGAGAAAAUAUUAUGGUAGAGUUUCUGUUAAUAUUUUGUUGACUGAAUGCUGGUUUAAAUUCUUUCCUUUGCCUCCCCAGCACUAACUCAGCAAAGCUGUACAGCGCAUUUUCUUGGUCUUUUUGUAUUGAAAUCUCCUGAAUCUCUUUAAUAGCAUUUGUACUUUUGAAUCUGCUAAUUUGAGUAGAGUAUCGAUGUGGCUUCAUUUCUUCUUGGGCUUUCAAAGGACUGUCACUUCCAUUAGAAUGUUUGUAAACAGUGACUGCAGGAGGAAUAGAUCCUAAAAGCUAUUUUGCAUUGUGAUGCUAAUUAGGCAAAUCUCCCCAGUGGCUCCUUCGUGGGCUCCAUGAUUUCAGUGGAGGAAAGCGAGGAAGCAAGAAUUCCUCCCGUGGUUCUGAGUUUCCAGUAAGGGCUCCAAUUAAGCCCAGUUAGUUGCCCACAGAAAUGCAGGUUGUUCCCAGUGGAAAGGCUGUGGAUCACACUCAGCUCCCCUUAGGCUGGGGCUGCUCCUCAGAGCUUGGUAAUUUCUGGAAGCCUUUGGUGCUCGGUGCUUCUGCGUAUCUGUGCUUCUUUUUUUUGUUUAAUUUUAGUUUUUAAGGGCCUUUCUCGUAACCUCUGUUUGGAAAAAACAACCCCCAACCAGCCAGCCCCAAACCCCCACUGAGGCUCUGUAUAUGAGUAUAAAAUGAUGAGUGGAAACCUGCCCUGAAUCAAAAAUCACCCCACGCUACAUCAGUGACCCAAAUCAUUCACUUUUUGUAAUUUAUGAAGUUUUAUUUUCUGUAUUUCACUCAAUCCAAACAUGGAAAAAUUCCAAAGAGCUUUUCAUUUUGGUAAAAACCCCCAAACAACAAAUCUUCCUUUUCAAAAGAAGGGAGUGCACAAUUGGAGACAUGUGAAAAUUGGCAUCUCAGCAACAGAGACGUUUCCCAGCAGCAUCUUUAUCUGCUGACUCGUGUCUGCUGCAGCCCAAACCAGAUAAAAUCUAAGAACUGAUUAGGCUUGUGACAAUCUUUGCUGCAAGCUUUGGGCUGUUUUUAAGGUAUUUCCUGUAGGAAUCAUCUGCACUGAUCAAGGGUCUUCUAGAUAGGAACAAAACUAGGGAAUAAAAUUGGGGUGGGCUCCCCUAAAUCCUCCCUGAGCCCUCUGGGCUGGGGAUGGGCUGUGUUUGCUCAUCCAUUUCCUUGUGCUUGGGGUCACUGCAGAUAAAACAGACUCCUCCUCUCAGCAAAAACCUCUGUUAAACAGGCACAAACUUCAGAUUGUAUUAGUGAGUGUCAAAUUAUGGAAUAAUGAACACGAAUCCCCUGUGCUCCCACUCGCUCUGUUGCUGCUGAGAGGUGUUUAUGAUGUCCCUGUGAUGUGCUGUUUUUCCCAUUAAAAUUUUAAUUCAGAUCCUUAAAUCUUAGUGUUGGUGCUUCACGAUGCCUCAGGGCCUAAAAAUCCAACAGUGAGGAAAAGAUGUGCAGUAGAACCUGUGCAGGGCACACAGGCUAUUGAGGAACAUACCCCGUGAAUAUUAAACAAAUGGCUCAAACUCUCAGGAAAUCUCCCUCACCUGAGCUGUUUUCUCUUCCCCAAUCAUUUAUUUCCCUGGUUUUCCCCCCUCCCUGGGCUUUUAUUUUCUGCUGGAAGGGUACAGCUCAUCCAGUGUGCCCUGGGAAGUGCAGGGCACCGAUGGUGUUUUAGAGAUUUGCUUUCGAAAAUAAAUUAACAGAGCAAGGCGAGAUUUUCCUGAGGAGUUUUUUGUCAUUGCAAGGAGUUGAGCUGAGGUUUUUUUUCUAGAUGUUACAGCUGAGAGAAAGUGUGGCCAUGUAGCUCAACAAAAAGCAUCACCAGCUUUACUGCACAUCACAGAAACACGGAAUACCCUGAGCUGGAAAGGACCCAUAAGGUCACCAAAGUCCAACUCCUGGCCCUGCAUAGGACAAGCCUCAAAAAUCCCACGAUGCUCUGAAAUCCUAAAUUAAGUCACUAAAUCCUUUGUUGCUUUUUUUUUUUCCCCCUCUGGAGAGGAGUGUUUAUUAAAAUUAGCUGAUGGCAGUCUGUGGUGAUCUUAUUAAUUAGUACCUGGCAGGGAAUGUCAGCCUGGCUGCUGGGAGGAGGGAGUCCUGCCGUGGGAGCAGACGGAGCUGGAUUGGGAAUCAUUGAUUAUCCCGUGCCAUGGCUGGGGUCUGGUUCCAUUUGGGAAUCAUUGAUUAUCCCGUGCCAUGGCUGGGGUCUGGUUCCAUUUGGGAAUCAUUCAUUAUCCCGUGCCAUGGCUGGGGUCUGGCUCCGUUUGGUUGUGAUCCACCAUUUCCUUUUGCCUCAGUCCAAGUGUGAGAGGGGAAAUGACACUUUCAGAUUUGAUAUCUAAGUCUAAAUCAUGUGAUUCCAACCAGCAAGGAGGAGGCCUUUCCCUGGCCCCACUCAUCCAGGUUUGUGGGUUUAAACAGCCUCUGGAAAGAAGAGAGGGAUGGAUGUGUCCCAAAAAGUUGUGCAGUUUUGACUGUGCAUGAGAUGAAACAAAUAAAAUCAGCUCUUCCUAAAUCAUGGGAAAAAACUCUGUCCUUUCUCCCAAGUGAACUGUUUGGAUUCACAGAGCAGCAUAAUAUUGGUUUGGUAAGGGCUGUAAUCCCAGAACUAUUUUUUUCUUUAAUUAAUAUAUAUAUUUAUGCAUAUAUAAUGUAAUUACACAAUCAAGAACUUGUAGGAAUGGCCCCAGCUUCCUUCUCUGGCAAAGUCUGGGGAUCCAACCUCCAGAAAUCUUCCAUUCUCUGCAGUUCAACAGGAAAACACUCCAGGACUGGUAUCAAAGCCCCACUGGGCUGGACCUUUAGGAAGAGCAGAAUUAGGAAUCAAAUCUGAAAAUGACUUUCCCCCUCUGGAUAAAAUUGUGUGUUCAUGUAUAAAAAACCUUCUUUGUAACUCACAUCUUAAAUGGAUCUAAUUGGAAUAUCAUAUAAUGAUUGAUAUUUGUUCAUGUUACACAAAUUUUAAUGAGCAGCUCUUUUCCUGGUAAGUAAUUCCAUUGACCGAGUGGGUCAAUCCAGUGCAUGAGAGGUUUUAAUAAAAGUUUUCAGGCCCAUAUAAUUUUUGAGAUGAAAAUAAGAACUAGCACAACCUUUCUGUAUAAAAAGGUGGGGUUUUUUUAAAUGAUAAAUCCACAUUUUGUAAACGAAAGUUAGAAUAACCUUCACUGAUCCUCGAGCUUCUGAAAGGAAACCUCCUCCUCCUCCUUUUUACAGUCAUUAUUUUGCAGAUGAAAGGUGCAAUUAGUUAUUUUACUUGCCUUCAAAAAACAGACCUAAAGGAAGGAAAUUCUUCCCAGAGAAUUUCCUUGGUUUGCCCGGGGAUUGAGCCCUCGGCUGCACCUCUGUCAAUGUUUAGGGUUUCAAAAUAUAAAUGCACAAACCGUGUUGGAGCACCAGGACAUGUUUACAUGGCAGCUCUGGAUCUCUCCUGUCCAAUCUCAAGUGAUCUGCACUGAUUUGUUCUGGUUUCAGGCAGGAACCCCCCGGUGGGUUUGAGCCAAAGCACACUGUCUGUGUUUCGGUUUAUUAUUAUUAUUAUUAUUAUUAUUACUGUUGUUGUUAUUAUUCUUUACACGAGAUACUUUGUAAUUUCACGAGGAAAAAAGAUCAAAGCAAAUGUGGUGUCACCGUCAGGACGUUACUUUUUUGGAGCUAAAUGUUUGUGUGCAUUGAUUAAAGUUUAGAGGAACGUGUUGUAUCUGUAGUUGCUGUUUGUACCACGCAGGUGUGCACGUAUGGUUCGAAAAGAUAUUUUCAUUUUACAUGAAAUACAACUUUGCUAAUAAAAGUUUGACUUGAUGUAAUCUUCAAAA